CGCGCCAGGGGCCGGACUUCAGGCCAGGGGGCGCGGCGCACGCAGCAUGGCGUCCAACAUCUACUUGGUUCGCCAGCGGAUCAGCCGGCUCGGCCAGAGAAUGUCCUCCUUCCAGCUCAACCUCAACCCGCUCAAGGAGCCGCUCGGCUUCAUCAAGGUCCUCGAGUGGAUUGCUUCUAUCUUUGCUUUUGCCACCUGUGGAGGUUUUAAGGGCAAAAUAGACAUUUCAGUAUCUUGUCCUCAAGUUCCUGAAAAUAAAACAAUUACUGCCACUUUUGCUUAUCCAUUCAGGUUGAAUCAGGCAUCAUUUCAGACAACUGCACAGGCAAAUGUGUGUGAUAUACAAUGGAAUAAUCAAGUUCUUAUUGGAGAUUACUCUUCCUCUGCACAAUUCUAUGUUACAUUUGCAGUCUUUGUCUUCCUGUACUGCAUUGCUGCUCUUCUGCUCUAUGUCGGUUAUACAAACCUCUAUCGGGAGAGUAGAAAAUUUCCCAUGAUUGACUUUGUUGUUACUCUGGUUGCCACUUUUUUGUGGUUGGUGAGCACUUCAGCCUGGGCUAAAGCUCUUACAGAUAUUAAAAUAGCAACCGGUCACAAUAUUGUCCAGGAACUUCAGCCUUGUCAUAAUAAAGACAUGACGUGUCAUUUUCUCUCAGUAACUAGUAUGGGAUCCCUGAAUGUAUCUGUGAUCUUUGGCUUUCUGAACAUGAUACUUUGGGGAGGAAAUGCAUGGUUUGUAUACAAGGAGACCAGCUUACACAGUCCAUCAAAUACUUCUGCUUCCCAUAACCAAGGAGGUAUUUCGCCUCCUACUGGAAUAUAAUUAAAGGGAGAAACACACUGGAUGAAAUAUACAACUAUAUUAUGACCUGUUGCCAAAUCUUACGAACCAUUAUUUGUUUCUAAUAAAGUAAUGGCUUUUUCAAUAAAUUGGUGGGUUUAAAAUUUUGCUGCUUUUUUACAUGAAAUCUGUGCCUUUCUUAGAAAUUUAAGAUGUAAAUGUAUUUUCACAUGUAAAUUUGAAAAUUCAGGGGCCUAUUUUGGGAUGAUACACAUUUUUCAAUGAACAGUAAUUUCUUCACUAAGUUGUUUGCCUUCCAAAGUGUUUACACUUUAAGCCUUAUCAUAUGUCUUCACUCAGAAGAAUUAUAUUGUCAUAUCAUAAUAGGAAGAAAAUCUCUAUUUGGAUUAUACACUACAGUAAGUUUGUACAGAUCACAUACCUAAGAACUGUCUUUGUUUAAGAGAACAUUGAUUACAGAAAUCAUAUUUAGAAAAAAACAUUUAGUGGAGAAUUUAUAUCAGAACAUUGUUAAUAUGUUAUGAAAAUUUUUUAAUUGCAAAGACUCUGUAUGUUUUGUUUUUCUGAAUGACCUACCAUUCUUACUAGGUGUACUAAAAUUAUUUGAGGAGUGGAGUUUGAAAUUUUCUGUAGCUGUAUAGCUGAUAGUAAUGCUGUCACAUGAGGUGUAAGCUUCCAUUAUGUUGGUUUUUUAAUAGACUUGCUAUAGAAGUAGAAAGAACAUGGUUCAACUAGUUAUUUUGAUAUGUAUGGGCAUUACUAGGUGAUAUUUGCUGUCCUUUGUUGCUCAUGCUACCUCAGUGCAGGCUGAGAGUCUCGUUUGACUAAAAUAAUUCACAUUUUUUUGUAGACCCUGUUCAUAGGGUUAAAAAAAUUACAGUUGCCUUUUACUUUUCGGUCACUUAACAUUUACAGUCAAUGACAUUGCUAUUUUGAGUUUAGCAUUGAUAUUGUGAAAAUAAAUGAGAUUUGGAUUUUGUGUUUCAUAAUGUUCAUUCUUAUUUCACAAAUGGGUGAUUAAGGAAUUAUGCAUUAUAAACAAACUAGUGAGCUAUAUUAUGGGUGCUUUGUCUGCACGUACAUUUGGUUAUAUUUUAUAUAGAAGGCUUAUUCACAUUUUGCUUUUAUUUUUGUUGUACAGGGCAAGAUUACUUAUUCUUACAACAUGAUUGCUUAUAUGUAAAACACAUCUUGCUAUUGCCUAAUUUUGUUGCUUUUGUUCAUGACAAGAAUUGUCAAUAUGGAAUGUAUACCUUUUACGCUACCAACUUAAUAAAGGAGUUAAAAGAAAGAGUGCACUGAUUGUUACAAAGAAACCUUCAUCUUAAAGACAUGAAGGAAACUGCAAGAAAUAGAAUAUCAUAUUAGAUUUUCCAAAUGUUUGGCAAGGAAUAAAAGAGACCUACCAAAAAAAGCUUUGGAGACUCUGUUCUAUCCUUUUUUCAUUCACUCUCGUUUAAAAAAUGCUUGUUUGCGGGAACUCCCUGGUGGCGCAAGGGUUAAGAUGCAACCUAUGAAGCUAUCUGCCGCCACUGCAGUAUUAAUUGGAUACCCACAUGGCGCAGCAGACCUCUCCUGCCUCUCAUGCUGCUCCCCUCAGCAGUGUACUUCAGUCUGUCUGCCUGUUCUGUUCCCCGCUCUGUCUCUGGUGAAUCCUCUUACCCCCCACACCUUUGGCCUGUACCCCAGCUCUUAUAUGCAUAACUAAAUAAAUCUUUAAAAAAAAUAAAAAAUUAUUAAAUAGUGCUUGCUUGUAACUUUCAGGUUAAGUUUUUCUGACAAUUGACUGGUACACAGCAAAGUUUCUUGAUCAAGAGUGCAUGCCCAGGUGCCAAACUGCAUGAAAUUGAACAUUGGCUUCAUCAUAUAGUAGCUAGUUACCUUGAGCAAAUCAUUUAGCCUCAUUGUACCUAAUUUGCUUAUAUGAGAAAUAAGAGUACUUAGAAGAAUGUUUAUAGGAAUGAAAUGACUUAAUAAAUGUUCAGCAUAUAAUUACUUCGUAAAUGUGAGCUGCGAUUACUAUUGAUACCACUAAUACAUAGAUUCUUCACCUGGAGUCUAUGGGACUAGCGCAGGGAAGAUACUGAUCUUGGGCAGAGAGGCAGAGGAAGCUUCAGGAUUACCUGGGUCUUUAUAUUCCUCAAAUAACUGAUUAUUUUGCUAGUUUUCUAUAGGUGGGUGGGUAUAAAGUUAACAUUAAAUCUUAAUAGCUACUAAAAUUAUAGUGAAUCUAAUUUUAGUAUAUGCUGCCGAAGCGAGCACAAAUUAUAGUGAAUCUAGAAAGGAAUUCUUUUUGUUACCCUGAUAGUCCGAUUUUGAGUUCAACAUAGGGCUAAGCAAUUUAUAAGCUAAAUUCUAGGACAGAUGUAACAAAGACUGAAUUACGAGAUGAUAGGUUGUAGAGAAUUACUAAUAAAAGUAUUUACUAAGGUUUUUGUGGAUUGAAGUCACGCGGCUAAAGAUAAUUCUUAACCUACUGUAAAUGUUA